AUGGCGGAAUACCAGGCACAAAACAUGUUCACCAUGACCGGCAGGACCGCGGUGAUCACGGGCGGCGGCAGUGGUAUUGGACGAAUGAUAGCAAAGGGGUUUUUUGCCAAUGGAGCAUCCGUGACUCUUGUCGACUGGCUUCAAGAUCGAUUAGACAGCUCGAGACGCAAGCCUCCAGACCUGAUCACAAAUGGUAGCGCUGACGAAUUGAGCAGAGUCCAAGGAGAUCUCAGCCAGGAAUCCGGUGUCGCGGGCGUAGUCUCUGAGAUCAAGGCCUCCCACAAAGAAGUGGACGUCCUUGUAAUGUGUGCCGGGGUGCGCAAAGUGAACAAGAUUGCCUUCACGCCUGGCGAAUCACUACUUAAACUUGUUGAGGCGACACAGUCACUGUCAUUUCAGGACCUCGACUAUUCUUUUCGGAUCAACCUAUACUCCCAGUACUUUCUCGUGGCAGGCCUGUUGGGUCUGGUUGGAGCGGCAGCGACCAAGGGUGGUGGUAGAGGCUCGAUCAUUAUGGUUAGCAGCGCGGCCAGUAAACACAAUGGACAAUUUGUCCCUGCCUACCAGAUGUCGAAAGCAGCCAUCGACCAUCUUGUCCGGAUCAUGGCGUCUGAAUUCGCAGACCACUACAUCCGAGUCAACUCCAUUAACCCCGGGCUGUUUCCCAGUGCAUUAAAUCCAAUGGAUCCAAAUCAUCCAGAAUCAAACAUGAGGUUCGCGGGUCAGAUGCCUGCCAGGAGACCAGGCACGGAGCAGGAGAUGGCAGCCACAGCUUUGUAUCUAUCGUCUCCGGCUGGAGGGUUCGUGACCGGUACCAAUAUCGUAAUUGACGGGGGAAGACUUCUCGUUGCGGCCGGUAGUAUCUCAAGCAAGCUCUGA